AUGGAAACAAUGACGACGGUAACAUCCACUGGUGGAAGUACAAAGGUUAAUCAUGCAGUUUUUGCAUCACAAUCAAAUUUUUUGACUGAAUCUCAUCUUUGUUUUAAUAAGGACCAAUUCAGUCGGACAGAUUUUAUUGUGGAACGAUUUCUAAAAUUGGCUAGACGACGAGCAAGUCUACAGCAAAUCCAUAACGAUUUACGAGUUUAUUUAAAAAUUGUGCAAAAUUCGAUGAUUGAACUCAUCAAUGAUGAUUAUGCUGAUUUUGUGAAUUUGUCAUCGAAUCUUGUAGGCUUGAAGGAAACAAUCGAUAAACUGACUAAAGACAUUGAAACGAUAUGGCAUGAUUUCUGUAGCAACACGGAGGCUGUGAAGCAGUCUGCUGAAUUUGUUGCGCAGAAAACUACGGAACUCAUUGAAUGCAGAAAAGCACAAUGUGAAAUUCGUGGGCAGAUUUUCUUGAUAAAAUCAAUUGAACGAUUAGCUGAUAAAAUUGCCAACUGUCCAAAAGAGAUAGAACAAUUUUGGUUACAAAAUUUUGUUGACGCAGUCAUUGAUAUAGUUUUAUGGUUUGGUAAGGUAAACGUUGUCGAUGAUAAGGUAGCGGCUGCUUAUGAUAUUUGUUUGACUCAUGUUGGUAGACUGACUGAGUAUUGGCUAAUACAAGAUCUCAAAGGUGAUUGUCGCUUCAUCGAACAGAUUCUUGGUAUAAUUACAUUGAAUAAGAGUACCGAUUCAGCCGUUUCUUGUGUAAUGACAGAAAUUAUUGCUGAAUACAUUGGAGAACCACGUAGCAACUUGGGAGAUUUUUUGAUUGAAGUAUAUGCAACAAUUCGAAAGCUUAGAGAAAAUUGGAUGCAAAAAAUGGAGAAUAGUGGCGCGUCGUUCGCAAAUAUUUCAUCAUUUCUCGAUAAAUGUCUCCUCACUUUUAUUGUCUCAUCUCUCGAUCAGUACUUUGGUUCUGUUGUUGUCCCAAGCGAUAAUCGUCUUUUUCAUCGGUGCUAUAAGACAACUUGUGAUUUCAUCGGUAAUUGGCCUGAUGCCGCCAAGUCAUGUACUGUUCUACGGAUGAUACGUAAUAGAUUCAAUUUGGUUGUAUACUUCAAGCUGGAGACGCAGCAGUUUCUAUCGCAGUUGAAGGAUCAGCUUGAUCCUUCCAUUAUUAAAUUGAUCACUAACGAGAAAAAAGAAGAAUGGGAAGAAAAAAUCUUUUAUGAUUUUUCGAAACUUGUUAUCGACACUUUAGAAAGGAUUUGGUCUGAUGAAGUUUAUCUUCCGACUUUAAUUGAUAAAUUUUGGGAUUUUACGCUUAAAGUCCUUGCCAAAUAUUUGGAAUGGAUCGAAGGAAUUAAGAGUUAUUACUGGAUUGACAGGAAAGCGCCUGAAGAUUUUGAAAUUUGGCGCUUAUUUUGUGCUCUUUAUGCUGAUUGUGUAACUGUUGAUAAUCGAACUUUUGGAAUUGCGUUGUCAUCAAUUUGGCCAAAAAUUCGUGAACAUGAGUUGGAUGUGACAAUAUUCGGGCAAUGUUUAUCGAUUUUUUCAACUAAGAUAGCUGAAAAGAUUCAAGAAUUUGAAAAAAUUAUUGUCGAAGAUGCUGUUACAUCGGUGGCAAAGGUUUUAGAUGGUGUUUGUGGAAUUCCCCGCCAGUAUCGCUGGACGAAAAAGCCUGCACCAGCCAAUAUAUCGCCAUAUAUCAGUGAAACGUCAGCUGCAUUGAAAUUAUUCAAGGAUGAAAUGAAUCAUUAUUGUUGGAGUGAAGAAAAUAUUACAUCUGUAUACAAACAAAUAUUUGCUGAAUCAAUGGAGAUAUUUUCUGUUAAAGCGAAGCAGGUUUUGAAGUCUGUUGAGCAGACGGAGACAAGUUUGCAGCGUUUCAAGCGAAAAUCAAUGCCGGUAAAUGAGAAUAAUGCCGAUUCUGACGAAAACAAAAUAAGGCGACAGUUAUUGUUAGAUUUGGACUAUUUCAAAACAUUAGCAGCAUCUUGUCACACUGAAGUAUUACAUAUCGACGAAUUAAUGUUGCGUGCAAAUCCUUCAACAGAAACCAUUCAAAUCCCAAGCUUGAUUCAAUCUGUCCCUAGUACAUUAGAGACUAGUACAGCUGAUAUUACGGAAGAAGUAUGA